AUGGUUAAACAUUACGACCAUAAUUUCGGUGCCCUUACGUGUGAGUCGUGUCGCACAUUCUUCAGGAGAAAUGCCACCAGAGCUGAGGAAUCGUUUACUUCUGGAAAAGACGACAAAUCCCAUAGACAUCGACGAAAGCGAGUAAAAAACACUGAACUCAUAGUCUCGUCGACCACAGAGUUGUUGCCUAUCAGUGAUAUAGAGACCAAUUUUGUGGUCCAAAUACCAAAUAUGAUUAGAGGAAUAUUAUUUGAUUUAAACGAGUUAGAAAUGAGCCGAUUUAAGCAAUUAUUUAUGUCUAUGAAUGUGGUUAAGGAUCCGGUCGUCCGCUGCACAUCCGAAAUGACUACAUAUACUGAAGAGGCCAGGAUUGAAGACAAAUAUAAACGGAUCGUCAAAAUGGCCACAAAUAUCACUGAAUUCAACGAUCUGUGCGCUGAGGAUAAGGUUUCACUCCUGAAGACUGGCGUUCCGGACAUAAUGUGUUUGACAACUGUUUUGGGCUUUGAUUUUGAGGGCGAAUUCUGGAGGGUUCCCAUUCACAAUUAUGGUGUGAGGGUUCCGUUGGAAGUGCUAAAAGUGGGCAAAAGUGGUCUCCUUUAUACGGCUCACCGCAAGUUUAUGAUAAACCUAAAAUAUGAAUACGACACCGAUAGUAAUCUUGUUGAUAUUUUAGGUAGACUACAACAGCAGACAUACAUGUAUUUACUUCAACGGUAUUUAGAGAUCAAACACAACUCGAAGUCAGAAUCGGAGAUACGAUUUGUGCGAUUAAUGAAUUGUUUGCAGGAUUUAUAUGCCGUUAAACCGCUUCACGUGAAUAAUUACAUUGAAAUCGAGACUCCGGUCAAAAGUCCGCGACCUCUCAUGAAGGAGUUACACAAUUUGUAAAUAUAUUGCUUAUUAUU